CUGCUGUUCACUUUUCAUCAGCUUGUUUCUCACACAUUCUUGAACUGAUUAAUAACUUUUCUGAGAUGGUUUCCCUGAACUAUAGAUAAGGUGGUUGCUUUGGAUUGUAGAUUCCUGGGAAGAGAUGUCUUGCUUGCUUUUUUCCCCAUCAUUUCAGCCUUGGUGAACAUCUGAAGAUAACUGAUGGCCUGAGUUGUCUCUGUGUGAUCUUUUUUAAGUAGCUUAGGAUGAAAGAACUAAGGCUGGAAUUGACAUUUUAUCUGGACUCUGCAAAGUCUGGGAAUGAGAUUGGAUUUACAUUUUCUUUAACAAUAUACAAAACCUAAUGGAGUCAUUCAAAUUAAAAUUUAGUGCUGGGCUUAAUGCCAUGAUCUUCCAAGCCUCUUGCAUUGUCUGGAUGUAUGCAACUGCUUCCCUUUGGCUGGGGCAUCAUAUUAUAGAGUAGGUUCUGUAAGACGUAACAGGGACUGGAUGUUUGUAGUGCUAAUGUUUCUGGAACCUUAACUUGUAUGUGCUGCCUUUGCAGGAUUGACUGGUCUGUCUCCUGUGACUCCAGGCUGCUCGGGGUUUUUAUUCAGUAUGUCAAAUUUUAUACAGUAUGUCAGUUUUUCUUUUUUCUUCUUGUAGAUGAUAUAAUCAAGCUGAACAAGAAAGAAGAGAGAAAGCAAUAUUCUCCCAAAAUAAAAAGAGGGCUUCAGCAGAAUCGAGCUCGACAGUUUAGUUCACAAGGCUCCAAGUGGGGAAUCCAACAGCAGAAAGGUUAUGGUAAGAAUCGUUUGGGGCGCAGAAAGAAGAUAGCAGGGAAGAAGCGUUCUUACGGAGUUAUAACUGGCCUGGCAGCCAAGAAAGCUGUGGGUUCACACAAAGGAAUCAGUCCUCUGAACAGACAGCCACUGAGUGAGAAGAAUGCACAACGGAAUUACCCAGUCUUGAAAAGGAAAACAAACCUGCAGAGACAAUCUGAAAUGCAGAGAAAACAAGCUCCUGCCCUCAGGAGGCCUGCCCUGCUAAACAGGAGGAAUAACAUGCCUUCCACUUUUGUCAGAAUUGGAAACAAACUAAAUCAGCAGAAAGAUACUCGUCAAGCAACUUUCCUGUUUAGAAGGGGCCUGAAGGUGCAGGCCCAAGUGCAGUCAACAGAUGAUCUUGAUAAUCAGACAGUAAAGAGAACUCGUCAAUGGCGAACUUCUACUACAAGUGGAGGGAUCCUGACUGUGUCUAUUGACAACCCAGGAGCAAUCAUAAGCCCAAUUUCCCAGAAAUUACGAUUAACUCGUAGUCCUGUGCCGCCAUUUCUGAUGAAGAGGGACCAGUCUGAAGAGAAGAAGAUUCCAAAAGGUGUUCCGUUGCAGUUUGAUAUAAAUAGUGUUGGAAAACAGACAGGGAUGACGUUGAACGAACGAUUUGGGAUCCUGAAGGAGCAGAGGACAGCACUGUCUCAGAACAAAGGAAGCCGUUUUGUAACAGUGGGCUAACCUGGCAGAUGGACUUGGGCAUUGAGCCCACCUACCUAAGACCCUGAGAUAAAAGUGGGCAGAAGAAUACAGCAUAUGUCACUAGAAUUCUCCAGACAUCUUGCUAAGAUGGUGGCAGAGCUAUCUCUUUUUAUUACUUUUACUUGGAAUGGUAAAAGACUUGGUGCCCUGAGGGAGAAAAAGUGGAGAGAAACUGAUCCGCCAUAGUGGCACCAUCACCUGGUUGGAAAAGAUUCUGUUGCCCAGCUGAGUUCUUUGACCCCUCUGUUUUAGUAAAGAUUGUUUAAGUGUUUAAUUACAAACCCCAUUUUAGGGUUUUUUAGGGACUGCCUUUGAGCUCUCUUUCAGACUCCAGUUUAGCACAGAGCCUCAGUCCAUGGAUACUUUGGUAGCGAUGUAGCGGCAUUUUUCAUGGGAGCAUUGGUUCUGUACUUCUUUGUGCUUUUAAAGUUCCAUUUUUUUCCUUUCUUGAAAACUGUUUUGCAUCCUCACGUUCAUGAAUAAAGCUGUUAGCUGAGACCCAAAAUUUGUAACUGGGAUGGAGACUAUUCUACUCUUAUCCUUAAAAGUGGUCCAGACCAUAUACCAUAUUGGAGGAAUACUGCAGAGGCAGUGUGAGAGUCCUUUAUAUUCCAAAUAGCUCAACUUCAUCAUCCUCCUCUGUAAAUGGAGUUUAUCUGUCUUCUUCUUAAAAUUUUGAUUUUUAUUUCUCUUUGGAAGGUUUUUCACAAACUUAAUGCAAUAACGUAAUGUUUUUGAAUAAUUUGAUAGGAGAAAAUACAGCAGUUCCCAAGGAAGUCAGCAGUAUGGUAGUUUCUUACCCUCCCAGAUACUGGAUUCUCAUCCUGCAUACCUUGCCCCAGAGCAUUUUCUCUGACUCUUAAAAAUAGCUGGAGGCAAGCAAUCUCAUGGCACUUGUUUGUUUAUACCAAAGAGAGGUAAGAUGUGAAGCUGAUCCGAAGUGGUCAGACAUCUGGAAAUGUCUGAAACUGAGGAACAUUGCUGGAGGAAAGCCCUCAGUUUGCCAGCAUGUGUAAGGCAUUAGGGAGGAACAUGUAGCCACCUGCUUUAAGCAUAGUUUUGGGCAUCAGAAUAUGCAGGACAGUAACAACUGGGCCAUCCUCAAUCUGAAUUUAUGUAAUCCCUAAAACUGGGGCACCUCUUCAGAACUGCUUCCAGACCAGGAACUGGUGAUCUUGGCACUGCUGUUUGGCAGGGAGGGUUAGGUACAGUCAGGCAGAAGAGUGGCUGGCUUUGCUGCAUCCAGGAAUGUUUAUGGUGUUUGAAGCUGGUUUAACUCCUUUUCACAUUCUUGAAGAAUUUACAUUGGACAGAGUUGGUUUCCAUGUGUUUUUAUCUCAAAUUCCAAGUUAACUAGCAUAUACUGGCAAGUUCAGCCUUGAAGAGCAUUUGACAGCAGAAGGGCUUUUUUUUGUAUAGUUUUGAAGUCAGAGUGCACUCUGAUGCUAAGCUAAAUAGGACUUAAACCCUUAUUUUUAAUGUUGAAAAAUAUACCUUAGCAGAAGCAAACUAAAUGUAAUGGUGUUAAGGUUUCUUUCUCAAUUACUAGUAGGAUUUUUUUUUUUUAAUAAAUGUCCCACUGUUAGAGUUUGAGUAGAUGAAGUGUAGUCAGUCAUCCUGUUUCAGUGUAUACGUUUUCCAUGUGCCAGGAUGCAACAAAAAAAAAUUCUUUUGCAUCAACCUAGAUGCAAAACAUUGAUGCAGUGCAUCAAAAAAUGCUAGUUUGUAUUUAAUGAGAAGAUGCUUUACACUGUACCUUUUGGUAUUUUUUGGAGAAGUUACUACGUUUGAUCUAUUCUGAAGCUGUUAAUUUUUUUUUAAAUAAAAAGUUACAGGUUUCA